AUGGAUGGUUUUCGACCAUUAGAUGAUGAAGAUUUAGAAAUUUGGGACAUAUACAAAGAAGCUUUAGAAAAGAAAAUUCGAGAUCAGUUUAAUUUAUCCGAAAAUGAUACACUCAAACCGGUUCAAGUAGCCACACAGAUUGUAGCUGGAAAAAAUUAUUUUUUCAAGGUUGAAUUACCCGAUAAAACAUAUGCGACAGCUCGUGUUUGGCAUAUUGUAUGGCAAAACGAUACGCAUGGUGAUGAAAAUCAAGUUGCUGUGCAUGAAAAACUCUCUGAAGAUCCAAAUGAAGAUCUUGGUGAUUUUUAA